AUGGUUUCGCGCUUUGACUCAAAGUUUGUGCUUCGUAGAUACAUUCGCGGGACGAAAAUAAUAACGGUUAUUUUCGUCCAGAUAGACAGCACGUCGGGACUCGGGAUUGAUGUUCCUCGUAGUAGCAAAACAUAGCCAUGGCCGGAGACUAAAAUCUAUACCGACUCUAUCCUCUAGAUCUAGAAAACUAUCCUGGAUUAGAGCCUCAUCAAGUUUAUCUCAUUGUGACACAGUCGUUCACAUCCCACGAGCGGACGUCUAUCGUUUCGGUGACGGGAAUAAAGCUGACCCAGUCUUCAAGGAACUCGAAUGGACGGUCAAAGAUGGUGAGAACUGGGCUAUCGUUGGUCCAGCCGGGAGUGAAAAGAGUGCUCUUCUGGACAUGCUUCUGGGUUACAUGCGUCUCUCACCACCUCCAUCAGGCGGACUCUAUCCAUUUCUCUACAAUCAUAUACCUCCACUAGACCCACAUGAUCACAUCUCCCUCGUAUCUUUCACCGCACGAAACCGCGCUGCUGGAGGUGCAUUCUUUGAUUAUACAGCACGUUAUGGUGCUGUGCGAGACGAGGAUCGACUUACACUGCGCGAGACGCUUUUUGCGGAAAUAAAAUCCAAGGACGGGAUUGCUGGGCUUGAAAAGCUAGCGGAAAGACUUGAUUUGAAGAGGCUUCUGGAUUUACCGUUCAUCGUGCUGAGUAAUGGACAAACAAGACGAGCUAGGAUUGCGAAAGCGUUACUCGGAAAGCCAGAGUUACUUUUACUAGACGAACCUUUAACGGGCCUAGACGUUCAACAUAGACCAAAAUUAACUUCUCUCCUUCACGAUAUUCACGAAUCCCGAAAGCCGCGAAUUCUCAUGGCCCUCCGUCCCCAGGACCCUCUCCCGGAAUGGAUCACACACGUUGCAUCUGUGGAAGGCCAACAUGUUCGGCCGCAGUCUCGAACGUCUUUCACCCCUCCUCUUCCUAGCCAGUCUUCCGCCAAAUUAAAAACGGAAGUGAAUGAAGGGACUACGACGGCCUCGGAAGGGAAGGAUCUAGUUGUUAUGAAGAACGUCAAUGUUCGGUAUCAUGAUAGACAUGUCCUAAAAGAUAUAAAGUGGAUAAUCAAGGAAGGUGAAAAAUGGCAUCUCCAAGGGCUGAACGGCUCUGGAAAAACGACCCUCCUCUCCCUCCUCACAGGCUCCCACCCACAGUCAUACACCCAACCCCUCAACAACCUCAGACUCUUCUCUUCUCCACGUCGUCACGUCCCAACGAUCACCCUUCAACGUCUUGUAGGCAUUACGUCGCCCGAGAUCUUCGCUGCAUUCCCGCGUCGCGCCCUUACAGUACGCGAGGCGAUCGGCACAGGUUUCGACGGGGCUUACUCGUAUCGAGUACUUACUAAAGAGCAAAGCAAGCGGAUCGACGAAGUUGUUGCUUCUCUCGGUCCAUCUCAUUGGUCUACCAGCUCUAAUAAUUCCAACGAGACAGGAAGAAACGAGAGUGAAAAUAAUAAAUUCUUAGACCGCAAGUUCGCAGACUUCUCCCCAGGCGAACAAUCCCUCGCCCUUCUCAUGCGCGCACUCGUCUCCAAACCACCGUUACUCAUCCUAGACGAAGUCUUCUCCGGAAUGGACAGACGCAUGGUCGAGGUCGCACAGCGAUACCUCCGUGAAGAACUAGAUCCGAAACAAGCUGUCGUAUUUGUUUCCCAUUGGGAAGAGGAGGUUCCUUGGGAUGCGUGUGCAAUGAGGAAAAUUAGGAUUGAGGAUGGUGUGGCGAGGAUUAGUUAGAGAUCGACUAUGCAAAGGAUGAUGGUAAUGCCAGAAUUGGCAUUACUUUGCGCGCUUACUGCAGUGGAGUUGUUCUGCCUUUUCCGCUGUAUUUAGGUUAUGUACGACCUCGAGAGUCGUACUACAUAAGUCCUUAGCUCGGAUAAGUAUAUCUUUUAAUAACU